AUGGAUCAGAUGAACCGUUCUUUCCAUGAGUUCCUGGAUUCGUGUGUAGUGUUUUCAUCGACGAUAUCCUGGUGUACUCUAAGCAAUGAAGAAGAGCAUGAGAGGCAUCUGAGGUUGUUCUUGGGUAUUCUGAGGCAACAUAAAUGGUUUGCAAAGCUCUCCAAGUGUGAGUUCUGGCUGAAGGAGGUGUCGUUCCUAGGCCAUGUUAUCAGCAAGGAUGGAAUUAUGGUAGGUCCUUCUAAGGUUAGAGCUGUGGUGGAAUGGGAGAGUCCUAAGAAUGUUUCCCAGAUCCGGAGUUUGCUUGGUCUCGCUGGUUACUAUCGGAGGUUUGUUAAGGAUUUCUCAAGGAUAGCUCAGCCGUUAACUAAAUUGAUGAAGAAGGAGAGUAAGUUCCUGUGGUCCGAAGAGUGUGAAAAAGCAUUCCAAGAAUUGAAGAAGUGCCUCACUACUGCUCCUAUUCUGACCUUGCCUACUGAAGGAGUUGGGUUUGAAGUUUAUAGUGAUGUAUCGAAGCUUGGAUUGGGUUGUGUUCUUAUGAAACAAGGGAAGGUGGUGGCGUAUGCAUUUAGGCAGUUGAAGGUGCAUGAAAAGAAUUACCCUACUCAUGAUUUGGAGUUGGCUGCUAUGUGUGUUCGCUCUUAA